GGAAAAGGAGGAUCCUUGCGCGGUGGAAGUGAAGUCGAGGAGGCAGCGGCGCAGCAGUCGAGGGCAGGGCGGCACAGGGAAGGGAACGCUGCCUCUGAGCGCGUCGCGCGUACCGAGGGGACGCCGUGAUUGACAGUCGGAGGCACGGAGCGUCCCGCGCGGCAGCACAAGCGGAGCAAGCUAAUCUCUGAGUAUCAGUUCUUGUUGUUUGUCAAAGGCAUCUCUGUGAUACAGCAGCCAGAUCAGCCCUGGUGCGAAUAAAGGAGGCUCUGUCCAUCCUCUGGGAUCGGAAUUUGGGAGUCUUCUCGCCGGAUAAACGACCGAGAGGAGCGCGGAAGCUCCGCGUUGCACUAUCCCAUCCUGUCUUUACCUGCUUGGCUGUAAGUGGACACUGUCUGGGAUAUUCCUAAAGUGUCCCAGGAAAGGAGGGGACGGACAAAAUGGACCGGUUGCACUUUGCAAUCUGAGCCAAAGAAGAAUUUCUCGAUUUCUUUUAAUGGAGUAAGGAGACUGCUUCUUAGAUUCCGGGAUCAUUCUGAUGGUUGUUUUCUCUUCCUGUGCGUUCUUGUGCUGUUGUGAUGUGCUUUUCAGCCAAGUUACAAACAGUGGAUGUUUUAAAAGCAGCUUUUAACUUAUACUGAGUGGAAUAACGGCAAGACAACCCGGAGACUCUCGGGAGGAAUUUUGGUGCGUAAUUCGCGCGGUGUUUUCAGCUGCGGAGCCGCAGAAGUAGUUGCGCCUCUCUUCUUUUUUUCUCCACGCACAUAAAGACAGAUUUCCCCUCAUGGAGUAGUCUGAAUCACAGGUGAAGACUUCAAAAGAGAGAGGGGGUUUUAUAUAUUCUCUGCCGCCUGGACGCACACAGGCGGAUUCGAUGCGCAGAUUCUCCGUAGGAUGGUAAAUGACCAAUGGGGAAUCAUGAACAGCUCUUCUGAACUCGAAGAUGGGACUCGGCAUAAAAACCAGACGUUCUGUGAGUGUGUGCCCAGCUCCUCCCAGCUCAAACACCGCUGGUCAGACUCAGAAACUGCCAGGGAGACCCCGGCCAAGAGGAUGAGCUGCAGCUACCUGCUCUGCACCAUCCUGCUUUUCGUGGCUGUACUCCUUGCCGUCACCGUAACCGGCACCAUCCUUUUCAUGAAUCACUACCAGGCCCCGCCCAUGUCUGACGGGCUGCCCCACAUCUCCACCAAUCAGGAUGAAGCAAAUGCCCUGGUCACCGUGGAGAGAGGCGACGGCUCCCGAAUCAACAUAUUCAUAGACCCCAACUGUCCCGACUACAACAGUAACUUUAUGCGCCUAGAGGGAGUCCAGACGUCACUGCUGCACUCACUGACAGACCACGACUCUGACCUGAAGUCGGUGAAAGGUCAGGACCGGGCUCUUCUCGUCAGUCUGGCCGAGGAGGUGGCCAAGCUGUCCGCCCACGCCGGGCAGCUAAAAAUGGACUACGAGGCCUUACGGAGGGGGCAGGGCAGCUUGGGGCAAGAUCUGAACACGCUGCAGACGGAGCAGGGACGCCUCAUACAGCUACUGUCUGACAGCCAGAUCAACAUGGUGAAGGUAGUGAACUCGGUGAGUGAUGCUCUGAAUGCCAUGCAGAAGGAGAACGUGGGCCUGAAGGCGCGGGUCAAGGCCGACCUACAGAGGGCGCCAGUCAGAGGGGCUCGCCUCAAGGGCUGCUCCAACGGCUCGCGUCCACGUGACUGUAGUGAUCUGUAUGCCAGUGGUCAGAGAGAGGACGGCAUCUACUCUGUGUUUCCCAUUCACCACCCCGCAGGCUUCCAGGUCUACUGCGACAUGACGACAGACGGAGGAGGCUGGACGGUGAUCCAGCGCAGGGAGGACGGCUCGGUCAACUUCUUCAGAGGAUGGGAGUCCUACCGUGAGGGAUUUGGAAAGAUCACUGGUGAACACUGGCUUGGGCUGAAGCAGAUCCAUGCCCUGUCAAUCCAGGCCAACUACGAGCUGCGUAUCGACCUGGAGGACUUUGAAAACAGCACGGCAUACGCCCAGUACGGCACCUUUGGAGUGGGGCUGUUUUCUGUGGACCCUGACGAUGAUGGAUAUCCUUUAACUGUUGGAGACUAUUCUGGCAAUGCAGGUGACUCCCUGCUGAAACACAACGGGAUGAAGUUCACCACCAAAGACCGCGACAACGACCACUCCGAGAACAACUGCGCCUCCUUCUACCACGGCGCCUGGUGGUACCGCAACUGCCACACGUCCAACCUGAACGGCCAGUACCUGCGUGGCCAGCACACCUCGUACGCCGACGGCAUCGAGUGGUCCUCCUGGACCGGCUGGCAGUACUCGCUCAAGUUCUCCGAGAUGAAGAUACGACCCACGCGUGACGGAGAGAAUAAAUGAAGAAAACUUUACUGGAACAUUACAAAAACCACUCUUUCCGACAGCUUGGCGGAGUUACUCGUCUCGAUAUCGUUUAUUCACUGACACAUACCUCUCUUUAAGUUGACUCUGCUGUUUGCCUCCUCAUGUCUCCUCCCUGGUUUUUGCUCCUGUCCCUCCAUUGCUUGGCCUCUUGUUUCAUGCUAGUUAUCCCUUCCCUUGAUCUGAACAAAGCAUCUUGCUUUUAUUUGUUCUUAUCCAGACAACAUGGCAGAUGGCUGUCCACCUAUGAGUCUGGUUCUGCUGGAGGUUAGAAAGUUCCUCGCCAGAGUCCCCUUUAUGAAGAUUAAUGAGUUGCUCUUGAUAUUAAGGACAAAAAAGUAUGGACAUCUGUUAGGAUUCAGCACAAUCAGAAUUGCCUGAUUUGGUUAAGAACACAGCACAAGAUAAUUUCAAAUCUGCACAGUCAAUUUCUUUAGCCUGACACGGAGUUCCCAGCACCCUUCCACCAGUGAUUCCCCCCUGACGUGCGUCUCUGACCUCCCAUCUGUGCUGACACGGCACUUAGAAUGCGGUUCAGUCUCACUGCCCAUUGCUGUGCAAUCUAUGAACAAACCCACAUAAAUAUCGUCAGAGAAAAACCCCCCGUUUGUGAAGGAAGUUUAACGUUUCCAUUCCUGAUCUUUGUAAAUGAGCUCCAGCAGGGCAGCGAGGCUGCAAGGCCUGGGACAAUAAGAAGGAAAGAAAGAGAGAAUGAGGAAACAAUCUGACGAGAGGUAAAUUAGUCGGAGUGAGAGAAGAGGAGGUGCACAAAAAGGAUGAAAAUGAGAAAAAGAAAGAGACAACGGGAAGAUCUCAUUCAUCUGACUUGGGCCAUUAGGGAGCAUAUUGGGCACUUUGUCUGAUCUGCCUGCCAGCUGAGUACUGGCCAAGUGAUGCAGCACUCACAGAUGGUAACCCAGCACUUUGUGUACAUGUGUGUAUUUGUGUGCGUGUGUGUCUACGACAGAAAAGGGAGACAGAGUUCUCUAACGGUAUCAAUUUCCUGUCAAGGGUCGAGCGGAGCGUCUCGACUGACUUCGGCGUUUAGCACAAACAUACCUAGCAUACGUUCACUCUCCAUUUAAAUAACAAAACCUGGCGUGCGUGUUCAUGUAAUAGGAAGGGAGAGACAUUAUUUGAGAAGACAAAUGGGAUCCCAGAUAACAAUCAAAAAGACUGCGUCAAACCUACCCUGCAUUAAUUGUAUUUCUUGGACCUGCUAAGGAGAUACAACCUCCGUAUUCUCUCUUUGAUUUUCCUUCAUCUUGUCUUUUUUUCUCUUUCCAGGUGAUUAUUUUGGAUGUUUGUGCGACACAGUUUCUCUUGUCUUGAGAAGAAAAUUGUUGUAAAAUAAGAUUUGUUGGGAAAAAAAAGCAGUCUUUUUCUUAUGAGUAGGAGUUGUACAUUGUGUUAUGGCAAAAACAAAAGUGCCGCAAGGAGACACACACAAAAAAAAGAAGAAAAACAUGUUGAGAAAAAAAACAGCUGGCGGAAAUUUCUUAUUUUUCUGUAUUUUUUUUGUUUGUUUGUUUCAUUGAGUUCCUUUGGAUGUACUAAAAGCUUUAAAAAUAUCUGUAGAUUUUAUUGUACAGUGUGUAUGACUUUUAGAGCAUGUCAAUCUGUUUUCUUACUAUGCUAAAACACAAAGAGUACCCAAGCACAUGGACUGAAUACAAAUACACCUGUUAAAAGAAAAAAAAAAUGAAUCAAAGUGAGAUGUAUUUACAGAACUUUCUUCCCUCUUCCUCUACCUGAGAUGGAGCGAAGAGGAGGAAUGUGAUUCUCCCUUCAAGCACACGUCCAUACAGCACAAAAAGACUCUUUUAUCAAGGAGGCACAAUACGGAUGACCUCUUGGACAUACAAACAGACGAGAAAGUGUUGUUAGUGGAGUUUUCUGUCAGCACCGGUACUCCAGAGGAUCUCCUCUUUUUGGUGGAUGGACGCCACUUCACUGCGACGUCAAAGCACAGACAUGAAAGUAUACGGCACAGAAAUGAGAUACGACAAUGUCGGAUGUUUAGGAGGAGUAGGGAUUGUGUGCGGGAAUGAAUGGUGUAAGAGUGCGUGAGUGUCUGCGUCUAAAAGAGUCUACGUGUGUACACAUAUAUGCACAUGCUUCGGUUUGUACAUGCCCAUGUGCAUGAGGCCAGACGACAGAGCAGGAGCGCGUCUCUCCGUGGAAAAUUUUUGAAGUCAUGUGAUGCUUAUGUACAACUUGCCUCCCCUCCUCCUGAUGUUUGUGUUGAUAACAGAGAGAUUUACAUAAUUAUAACGAACUAUUACUUAUUGUGAUUGUGAACCUUCCCCAUAAGAGUGGACGCCACCUUCUGGUACUGUGUUGAACUGCGCUUGUACCCUAAAGAACCCACUCCUAAAAAUCACCUUAACACAUUGUGCUCACUGUAUUUGUUACUGCUAUGUUGCCCUCUUUGUUAUUUAAAUGGAAAGUAUUAUUUGCCAUGCCCCCUUUGUGUGUUUUUGUUGAUUUAAUGCCUGUAUAGUCACUCUCUCUGCUGCAGCUUGCCAUGUCUCCAACGGAAGAGAUGAUGAAAGAGUGAAAUAAAAGGCUCUAAUCAUUCCCAGUUAUCCCGCUCAUUACGGUGCAUCAGCACACUCCUCAUCGAUCCCCUAGGUCCCCAAACCUUCUAUCUUUCUUACUGUGUACCUCCUUAAUUGCCUUAGCCUCUGCUGCCAAUUCCCCCUCACUCCACAGCUCCUAAAACAUCCCCUCUCUUCUCUUUCCAGCUUCUGUCUCUUUAUUACUCUUUUUUUUUUUUUUUUUUUGCCUGACUCCUGUCCCAGCUCUCCUCCU